CUUGAAUCUUCUUCCAGUUCUGACCAACGGGCGACGUCUGGGAACCUCUGGCGGGUCCCCUUCCUUCCCGAAUUUAGAACAAAACACUUAAAAGGAUCCUCCGCGCCCCUCUCUAUGCGAGCAUUCGCUGCUGUCAGGCAAGUCUCUGCUACUGCCAAACCGAGAACAUCAGCACCAUUACGCCUAAGAGCCGUCUCGAGACACUUCUUUUCCACAAACCUACCCAGGAUGGCGCCCAUACAAAAGGAAACGGACUAUCUGGUCAUUGGAGGUGGGAGUGGUGGACUAGCUUCGGCGCGCAUGGCCAGCUCAAAGUUCGGGACCAAGGCUGUGAUCGUCGAGGGUGGAAGAAUAGGAGGCACAUGUGUGAAUGUUGGAUGCGUACCGAAAAAGGUUACCUUCAAUGCCGCUGCCAUAGCCGAAACCAUACAUCAGGCCAAAUCGUAUGGCUUUUCCGUCCAGGAAACUAAGCCGUUUGACUGGAGGAGCUUCAAGCAAAAGCGCGAUGCCUACAUCACGCGCCUCAACGGUAUCUACGAUCGCAACCUGGCCAAUGAUAAAGUUGAAUAUCUCCAUGGCUGGGCAAAGCUCUUGUCGCGAAACGAGGCCGAGGUGACACUCGACGAUGGCACCAAGGCCGUUGUUAAGGCCAAGAAAAUUUUGAUUGCUGUCGGCGGCACGCCCACCAAGCCCGACCCUUCGAUACCUGGUUCAGAGUUUGGUACCAACAGCGAUGGCUUUUUCGAUAUCGAGGAUCUCCCAAAGAAGGUGGCUCUGGUCGGAGCUGGGUACAUUGCGGUUGAGUUCGCAGGCAUGUUUAAUGCUCUCGGAGUCGAAACCCAUUUGUUUAUCCGCGGGGAUACGUUUCUGCGCAACUUUGAUCCCAUGGUGCAGGAGGUGGUGACUAAGGAAUAUGAGCGUCUCGGCGUGAAGCUGCACAAGCAGUCUUCACAGUCCAAGAUUGAACGCAACGAGAGCACAGGAAAGCUCACCGUUCAUUACAAGGACAAGGACGGUGAAGGUGCCAUUUCGGACGUGGACCACCUGAUUUGGGCCAUUGGUAGAACCCCCAUGACCAAGGACAUUGGCCUUGAAAAGGCAGGCGUCAAGGUUAACGAGAAGGGCUACAUCGAGGUGGACGAGUACCAGAACACGUCUGCCGAAAAUAUCUACGCGCUCGGGGAUGUCACGGGCCAGGUUGAGCUCACCCCCGUCGCUAUCGCAGCCGGUCGCAGACUGUCUCACCGUCUGUUUGGCGGUGAGCAGUUCAGCACCUACAAGCUUGAUUAUUCCAACAUACCCUCGGUUGUAUUUGCGCACCCUGAGGUGGGCUCAAUCGGUCUCACCGAGCCCCAGGCGGUUGAGAAGUAUGGCCAGGAAAACCUCAAAAUCUACAAGACGAGCUUUACUGCCAUGUACUACGCCAUGAUGGAGCCCGAGGAGAAGGGCCCGACAGCAUACAAGCUGAUCUGUGCCGGACCUGAGGAGAAGAUUGUGGGGUUACACAUUGUCGGUUUAGGCAGCGGAGAGAUGUUGCAGGGCUUUGGUGUCGCGGUCAAGAUGGGCGCGACCAAGAGAGACUUUGAUAACUGUGUGGCCAUACACCCGACCAGUGCCGAGGAGCUAGUCACUCUCAAGUAA